AUGGAGAAGCAGAGCGCCAAGAAGGCGAGGACGGCUCCCGUGAAAGGGGGGCCGGUAAACGAGCCCCAGCAGCAGGAGGAAGAUGAAUCCGCCGGCUCUUACACAAUCGAGGCGGAGGCACUGCGAUGUGACAUCUGCUUCAAGCCAUUCGGAGAGCAGAUCUUCAUGUGCAAGAACGGGCACCCUGCCUGCGGGAGCUGCUGCCUCAUCAUGGACCGGAUGUGCUUCUGCACCGAACCCAUCGGCGACAUCCGGUGCCGCGCGCUGGAGAAGGUCCUGGCGUCCAUGACCAGGCCCUGCACCUACGUCACCUACGGCUGCCACCAGACCGUCACCUACACCGAGAGGCGGCGCCACGAGGAGGCGUGCCGGUACGCGCCGUACCACUGCCCGUUCGAAGGCUGCACCUACUACGGCCUGCUGCUGUACAACCACAUCCAGGACCUCCACGCGUCCGGCUCCGACGACGACGAGGCAGCGGUGGUCGUGCGCUGCAACCGGCGCUCGGCCGUCACGCUGGAGAAGACCAUGCCCUUCCGCGUGCUCCUGCACCGCGACGGCGCCAGCAUGUUCCUCCUGCUCAACGGCGGCGACGUCCUGGCCGGGCGCUCGCUGUCGCUCGUCUGCAUGGGCCCUCGCCCCACGGGGAACGCCGAGGUGAAGUACAAGAUGGAGGUGAAGAAGCGGAACGACCCGGAGGCGCUCGUGCUGUGGAGCUCCGGGGCCGCGCCCUUCGUCCGGCGGCUCAAGGAUUUCCAGGCCAGAGGGUUCCUCUUCGUGCCCAACUCCUACUGGGACUCCUCCGACAGCGUCUCGGUCACGGUGCACCUCACCGACGGCUGGUGA